CCCCAGAAAAGGCUGUGUGGGAAGUUUGUGUCUCAGAGCCGUAGCGUUGCUCUGCGGAGUGUCUGGAGCCCAGUGUAUGCGCAGAAACUGAUAAAUAGGGAAAAGGCCCAGUUUGCUCCAGCUGGACUCGGAGCAGGGACCAGCGCUACAGCCCAGCAGACUCAGCUGUGGAAGCAAGAAACUCCCUGGAACCACCGUUCCUUUCUUAAAAGUCUAUCACAUAGCAAAGUGAAUGAAACAGUGCAGUUGGGAGCAGAAUAUGGCAAAUACAUUUGUCACUGUACCUGACGGGUAUUAUCUUCCUGAACCCAUACAGUAUUAUGAUGUUUUACCGGAGCACAUCAACUAUCAGCUGCAAGACACUGAUUUUCAAACUGCGCCUUACUGCCAGUACUCAACAGUUCAGAUUCCUCCUCCAGCAUUACAGUCACAACCUUCUCAGUCCCAAUACAGCACAUACAGCCUGGACUCUCAGUACAGCGACGGGCAGUGUGUCAUCAGCAGCUGUGAAUUAAGCAAACCCCCCUUCAUGGCUCCCCACAUUGAUGACUCUGGAUACCAGGGGCUAAAACGGCCAAGAUUAAACCACUCUUCUUUGAGACUGAAGGGGCAGGAGGAGCUGUGUGUUGUCUGUGGUGACAAAGCCUCAGGCUACCACUACAACGCACUGACCUGCGAGGGCUGUAAAGGCUUCUUUCGACGGAGCAUAACCAAAAAUGCAGUGUAUCGAUGCAAGAAUGGUGGUCACUGUGAAAUGGACAUGUACAUGCGAAGGAAGUGUCAGGAAUGUCGCCUGAAGAAGUGUAAAGCUGUGGGAAUGCUAGCUGAAUGUUUGCUGACUGAAGUACAGUGCAAGUCAAAGCGACUCAGGAAGAAUUUCAAGCAGAAGAACAGUUUUCUUUGCAACAUAAAACUGGAAGAUGAGGGACUGAAUAGUAAGCACGUAUCAUCUACAACAAGAUCUGGAAAAAUCUCAGAGAAAAUGGAACUUACUCCAGGGGAACAUCAUCUUCUUGACCACAUUGUAGCAGCGCACCAGAAAUACACAAUUCCCCUUGAGGAAGCAAAGAAGUUUCUGCAAGAAACUGCAAGUCCUGAGGAAAGUUUUCUCCGUCUCUCUGAGACAGCAGUUGUCCACGUACAGGUGUUAGUGGAUUUCACAAAAAGACUUCCAGGAUUUGAAAGUUUAGCUAGUGAAGAUCAGAUCGCGCUGCUAAAAGGGUCAACAGUUGAGGCAAUGUUUUUGCGUGCAGCCCAAAUAUAUAACCAAAGAAUUAGUGAAUGCCAGCCAUCAACAAGUGAAAGUCAUGUAAGACUUUCUGACCAUGGGACAUGCUGUCACAUUCAAACUCUUGAUAAAAACAUUUACUCCAUGGAAAUGUCUCACGAUGAAGAGAGUCCAACUUCCACUACUACCACAGGUAUAACCGAGGAGUUUAUUACCGCGCUGUUUUACUUCUACAGAAGCAUGGGUGAACUGAAAGUGACCGAAGCGGAAUAUGCCCUGCUUGUGGCAACCACCGUGUUUUUUUCAGGAUAUGAAGGAGACAUGUUAAAGGAAUCCCAGAUCAAUCAAGAACAUUUGAGGGCAGAACUGGAAGAGGCCAAAGUUUCAUUGCAAAAAACAGAGGUUGCUCAAAAGAGCUUAGAAACAGAGUUGCAGACUGCAGUGAAAGCACUGGUUCAGGUCACUGGAGAAAAAGAAGCAGAGGUGGAAGAAUGUAAAAAAAUUAAGGCUUUGCACGAAUCCCUGAGAGAGGAGUUUGAGACUUCUAUUUCCAAUUUGGAAAGCUUGCUGCAAAAAGAGCAAAAUAGAUUGGAGAAAUGUGAAAAUGAGUCAAAGCUACUUACCUUGGAGCUCGGAAAUAAGACUGCUGAACUGGAAGAGAUGACUAAACUCAAAUGUGACAAAGAAAUGCAACUUGAAGAGCUGUCAGAAACACUGAAAGAAAUCCAUGAUUUGAAAGUACAGCUGACUAGUACAGCUGAAAAGGAACAAAAUUAUUUAAAACAGCUUAUGACACUGAAUACAGAUCUUGAACGAGAGGCGCUAAAGAAUGAACAACUUACAGUGUCUAUCAAUAAGCUUUUAUUAGAAAAAGAACAAAUAACACAAGAGAAAAGUGGUAUGGCUGCAGAACUCAAGAAACUGCAAGAAAGUCAUGAGGAUAGUAGAAAAAAAGAAGAAAAUACAAAGCAGUUAGUUGAAAACCUGGAAGAAGCAAAUGGCCAGCUAAGAAAUGAACUGGAGUCCUUGAAGGAGAAGAUGGCAAAGAAAGGUGAAGAGAUUAAAAGUAAACUGGAUGAAAGAGAAGAAAAUGCUAAGAGUAUUGAAAAUGAAAUUUCAAGGAAGGAAAAGCAGCUGAAGAUUCUAGAAAAUAAGUUGAAUAAUUUAAAGAAACAGGUGGAAAAUAAAACCAAAUGCAUCGAAGAGUUGCAACAGGAGAAUAAGGCACUGAAAAAGAAAAUUACUGCAGAAAGCAAGAAAACGAGCAUUUAUGAAGGGAAGGUGAAUAAAUUACAGUUAGAGAUGGAAAAUAUGAACAAGCAACAUAAAGAAACAGUUGACAUCUAUCAAAAAGACAUUGAAACACAAAAAGUAAAUGAAAAUAAACUUAUUGAAGAGGUAGAAAAGAUGAGGUUGCUUGCUGAUGAAGCAACAAUAACACAGAGAGAAACUGAUAUCCGAUGUCAGCACAAGAUAACUGAAAUGGUGGCACUUAUGGAAAAACAUAAGCAUGAAUAUGAUAAAAUGGUUGAAGAAAAAGAUACGGAGUUAAAACUUUAUAAAAUAAAAGAGCAAGAGCAGUUAUCAUCAAAAAGAUCAUUGGAAAGUGAGCUGUCAUGUUUGAAAAGUGAACUGUCGUCCCUUAAGGAGCAACUUAAAGCAGAAAUUAAAGAGAAGGAGAAUCUUGCAAAAGAACCCCCCCAAAAUAUGGUUCCUGAAGAUGAAAAGAAGCACAAGAAAAUACAAAAUCAUUUUUCUGAGACUCCUAAACUUCAUUUAGAUCUAGACUGUGCAUCUAUUGAUGUAAAAAAUAAAAAGUCUCCAAAUGAUAUUCCUAUAAAAGUCAACAUGAUGGAAAAGAAAAAAAUGCCUCCUUCAGCAUCUGCAAAAAGUCCCUUGGGUAGUCCAUCAUUAAAGACAUAUAUUAUAAAGACUCCUCCAGUACAUAAACUGCAAAGUGAAAACACAAAUCUGCAUUCCGAACAGUGCAUGAGGAAAAAGCAAAAAGUGCUUCUACAGCUGGACACUCAUUCAGACAGCUCUGAACACAGUGACCUCUUGAGCAUAGUCUCAGAGGAAGAAAUGUUUAAAAAAUUAUACAAAGAUUAUCCUCAAGCUUCACAAUUAUAUGCCAUGACACCAAAAAAGAAACCAGCUACAUCAAACGUGAAAACUCCAGGCUCUGUACUGAAACUUAAAACCAUGAGAAAAAUGAGAGAGGCUGGAUGGACUGCAGUUUCUAAAAUGGACAGGAAAAGAAAAAUUAAAGAAGCUGAAAAGCUCUUUACUUAAAAUGAAAAAA